AUGAGCUCGAUAGUGACAGCGGCUGCGGACGUGCUGUCCGGCACGGCCAUCGCUGCUGGUACUCAGGUCGCAUGGUUUAUUCCAAUGCUGGUAGCAGCGAUAGCCUACUACCAGUUCGAUCAAACGGAUCCUGAGGGUCGUCCUGCUGAUAUUCCAAACUCAAGGUUGCUGCUCGAGUAUGACUUCAUAAUUGUAGGAGCUGGAUCAGCGGGAGCAGUAGUAGCAAACCGAUUAUCCGAAAUCGGUCAUUGGAAAGUGCUACUUUUGGAAGCAGGUGGUGAUGAAACUGAAAUAUCUGAUGUGCCUCUGCUAGCAGGAUAUUUACAACUUAGCAAACUGGACUGGAAGUACAAGACUGAGCCUCAAGGAACGAGUUGCUUAGCUAUGGAGGGUGGUCGCUGCAAUUGGCCGAGAGGAAAAGUUCUUGGAGGAAGUUCUGUGCUAAAUUAUAUGCUUUACCUGAGAGGGAAUAAAAAAGACUAUGACAAUUGGGAAUCACUCGGAAACAAAGGUUGGAGUUAUAACGAUGUCCUUUAUUAUUUUAAAAAGUCUGAAGAUAACCAGAAUCCUUACUUGGCCAAAACACCAUAUCAUAGCACAGGAGGGUACCUAACGGUAUCGGAAGCGCCGUAUCAUACACCUCUCGUAUCCAGUUUUAUAGAUGCUGGUCUGGAAAUGGGUUAUCUGAAUAGAGACAUAAACGGUGAAAACCAAACGGGGUUCAUGGUAGCCCAAGGAACAUUGAGAAGAGGUAGCCGGUGUUCAACUUCCAAAGCAUUUUUACGGCCUGCUAAAGAUCGAACAAAUCUACAUAUCUCGAUAAAUUCCUUCGUUACAAAAGUUAUGAUAGAUCCCCGGACAAAAAUCGCAUUUGGCGUUGAAUUUGUUAAAAAUAAAAUGGUUUAUAGGAUAAGAGCUCGAAAGGAAGUCAUUCUUUCAGGCGGAACAAUAAACUCUGCGCAGUUACUACUCUUAUCAGGAAUAGGUCCAGCAGAUGAACUAGCUAAACAUAGAAUACCCUUGAUACAAAACCUUCAAGUUGGAAAGAAUCUUCAAGAUCAUAUUGGUUUGGGAGGAUUAGCAUUUAUGGUAAAUAAACCGAUAUCGAUUGUUGAGAAUCGACUACAUACUGUCAGUACAUUGAUGGAGUAUGCUGUACUUGGAGAAGGACCGCUAACUAUCAUGGGUGGUGUUGAAGGUUUAGCUUUUGUUAACACAAAAUAUGUUAAUGCAUCAGAUGACUUCCCUGAUAUCGAAUUUCAUUUUAUAUCAGGAGCUACAAAUUCUGAUGGAGGCGGUCAAUUGAGAAAAAUACAUGGACUGACAGAAAAAUUUUAUAACGCCGUAUUUCAACCGAUGAAUAAUGUAGAUGUGUGGAGUAUAAUACCCAUGUUAUUGAGACCAAAAAGUAAAGGCUAUAUUCAAUUAAGAAGUGCUAACCCUUAUGAUUAUCCAUACAUAUAUCCUAAUUAUCUGACUGACGAGAUGGAUGUAAAGACUUUAGUUGAAGGUGUAAAAAUUGCAUUUUCUGUAUCAAGAACACAAGCCUUUCAGAAAUAUGCCUCUGUAUUUAACAAACAUACGUUUCCAGCUUGCAGCCAUAUUCAAAGAUUUACUGAUAGUUUUUGGGAAUGCAUGAUAAGACAGUACACUUGUACAAUUUACCAUCCAGUGGGCACCGCAAAGAUGGGCCCCUAUUGGGAUCCUGAAGCUGUAGUUGACCCCGAACUUAAAGUAUACGGAGUCAAAGGCCUAAGGGUUAUUGAUGGAAGUAUAAUGCCAAAUCUGGUUAGCGGUAACACUAACGCACCUAUAAUUAUGAUUGGAGAAAAAGGCAGUGAUAUGAUCAAAAACUUCUGGCUGAAACGACGAAUAUCUAGAUAUUAUGCAUGA